GGCGCUGGCCGCGGCGCUGGCAGCAGCGGCGGGGCCGCCACUGCUCCACGGCCGACCCUUUGACGUCCUUGACGGGGUCGGUCCCCACCAUCGGCAUCUACACGGUCACGAAGAUCUCGCCGUUCUCGGGCUUGUGGGCGAUCCACCUCGUCGGAGGGGCGCCUGGUCCAGUCCACGACAACUACUUCUACCUAGGCGGCGAGAGUGACGGCACCUCCUUCACCAACACUGGGGCUACCUAUCUUGAUGGUCCGACGUAUGAUGACAUGCAGGCCGUGGCUGGCCCUGAUUACUGCGUCUGGAAAGAUAUGGACCCUGCUAGGCAAAACGCACUCGUGCUCCAGCGGGAGCUCGAACGUGCCCUUCGCAGAUUCACGGGGCACUGGUUGGAGGACCCGCGCGUCCUGGACGACGACAUGGACGGGAUGCACUGGAGGCGGCACUGCGCGCCCUACGUUGCCAACUACCUGUCGCACCCGUUUCUGCGGCCGCUGGUCAUGGAGAAGGCCCAGCAGGAUGGGCAUGACAACCCUCAUAUUGCUGCAGUUGAUAUGGCUAUCGACAUUUGCAGGCGCGCAUUCCGUGCUCGGCGGCGAGCGCGUUUCCACUACCACGACUGGCUACGGAGCCUCGAGGCCCUCGACCCCGAUGAGUACGACAACCAGCUUGCCCUCCACGCCGAGGCGAUGAUUAGGGAGCAGGAGUUCUUUGACACUCGAGUGGAUCCUCGCCGCCCCGUUGGAGAGGAGGCCAGGCCUGCCUCGUCCCACACGGGCUGCUCUGACACGGUGACCGUCAGCGACUACGAGGGCAGCGAUCCUGACGACUCAGCGUCGGUCCUGGAGGACCAGGUCGGCCGCAGGGCCUCGCAGAGACAUCGUGGCAAGGCCUGCAAGAUCAUGACGGUCAAUGUCACGGGCUGGGGCUCCCUCCUCACGCAACUGGAGGAGAAGCGCAUCCCCGAUGACGUGCAGGCUGUGCUCAUCCAGGAGCACCACCUGGAGGAGGCCAGGAUCGAGUCGGCGCUGAAGGCCGCCAGGGCCCAUGGGUGGAAGGCUGACCUAUACCCUGCUCGGCGCACGGGCAACGGCGACGGCACCACUGGCGGUAUCGGCCUCCUGGCCAGGCCGCACGUCGCCUUCAGACGCCUGCAGUUCGACCAUGACGGUAUCCAUGCGGCUGGUACGGCUCGUCAGGGUUUCUGGACCACCGACCUGGGGCCUAAGGAGGGGCUGGUGCUGGCGGGCCUCUACCUGCACACCAGCAAGGACCUGGAGGAUGUGAACCUCGACCUCCUCUUCCAGAUCGGCAGCGUAUUGCACGCCGCAGGCAGGCCAUACGUCCUGGGCGGCGACUGGCAGAACCUGCCCGAGUCCCUCAACUGCCUCCGUUGGCCCAAGGCGGUGAAGGGCGAGGUGGUCGCGCCCGACCAGGCCACGUGCUACACGGCCACGAGCGCCAGGGUCAUCGACUACUUCCUCGUGCGGCACGACCUGCAUGGGUGCCGUGCUCGCACCUUCGACGGCCUCUCGGUCACGCCGCACAAGGGCGUCAUCCUCGAGCUGGACGUGUCGCAGAUCCCGCUCAUGGUGCGCAAGGCCCACAUGGCCAAGGCCUUCCCUUCGAGCCAACUGGUAGGCCCCCAGCUUCCAGGACCUGACUGGCAGGCGGCAAGCGAGGCGGCUGCUGCAGCCCACGACCGCGACAGCCUGGACGGGGCCUUCAGCGCGCGGUUGCGGCGCUACGAGGACGAGCUGCUCCAGCACUUCGGCUGCGAGCAGCCUGAGCGGUACCGUGGCAGGUCCGACGGCGCUCGUCUGGUGCACUCGACCCUGCAGAUGCACUGCCGCAACCAAGCGAAAG